AUGCGCGCUUGCGCUGCUGCUGUUUGGGCCGAGCUCCCCCCCAUUCAUCUGCCACAGCAGCAGCAGCAGCAGCUGCAGCAGGAACAGCAGCAGCAGCGAACGCAAGUAUUGUGCUGUCUUGGCCGAGAUUCCUUGCAGCUGUUUGUGUUUCGCGGUGUCUGUACACCUGAUGCUCCCCUUCUGCCCUGGCGAGCACUACAGCUGAAGCGCAGCAACGAUGACUCAUGCAGCAGCAGCAGCAACAACAACAACAACAGCAGCAGCAACGGCAGCAGCAGCAACAGCAACAGCAGCAGUAGAUACUGGCAAGGGACAGCUUUUGUAGAGGCAUCGGAUGCUCAAGGGGACAGUUUGCUGCUGCUUGAGUGGGAAUUAGAUAAGCAGCACUCUGGCAGCAGCAGCGGCAGCAGCAGCAGCAGCUGCUGCUGCAACUGCAUCUUGUUGUAUUCUCUUUCACUGUGCGCCCUCAAGGCCCUUGCGGAUCCAUCUGCUCCCCCACUGCAGCAGCAGCAGCAGCGGGAGGCGACGCGAAAAGCGGCAGCACACUCAAGCAGCAGCAGCAGCAGCAGCAGCAGCAGCGACCGUUGGAGGCUUCUUGUGAGCGGGCGGAGCGAUUUGCUGCUGCUGCUGAAUGAUGCCGUUUGUCUCCGCCUUCAGCUCGGUGCUGCUGGUGUCUCUCUCAUGCGUCGCUUCAUGCUGCAGCUGCCUGUCUCCUUGCCUCAGCCGAGCAACAGCAACAGCAGCAGCAGGAGCAGCAGCGCCAGCAAGAGAAAACAGCUGCCGCUUCAGCGCUUCGUUGAUGUGUGUGGCUGUGCAUGCACUGGAGCUGCCCCUCUACGAUCCCCCGCAGCAGCAGCAGCAACAACAGCAGCAGCAGCAGUGCAGCAGCAAAGACAGCCUGGCUGA